AUGCUUUUCCUCACAGCAACUUACGCUGUACUCCUUGGUCUCGUCGCCGCCGAUUGCCCGCCCUAUUGGUCAUUUUUAGCCCAGGACAACCUCUGCUAUUCGGUUGUGUCAACAGCCGGCUCCUAUGGACAAGCCGUCCGGACUUGCGAGGCCUCCGACGGCGACGUCGUGAAGAUCAGCGACGCUUUCACGAAUCAGGCCAUUUUGCAGGCAACAAAAUCUCUUCCAGACACCCCAUUGUACAUUGGAGUCGAGCGCCAGUCAAAUGGACAAUGGACGUAUUCGGAUGGGUCGGCGUUGACGUACUCGAACUGGGAUGCCGGUGAGCCCCGGAAUUCGAGCAACAACUGUGCCGUGAUCGUGCCCCCCAAUGCCAAAUGGGCCUCCGCCGACUGCAACGCGUACAACGGCUUUGUCUGCUCGAAAUCGUCGGAUCCUAACCCUUGCCCUAAGCAAUGGUUCUACUCGACCGUCACUGGUUUCUGCUAUUACCUCAAGGAUUACACAAUGUCCGAUGGAAAGACCUGGGAUAUGGCUGACCCGACGGAAGCGGAAGUGCGAUGCCGCAUGAUGCACACAAAAGCUCAUCUCGCCUCCGUGCACGACGCUAUCGAGCAGCAGGUGCUAUUCGAUUUGAUCAAGACCUCAAAUAUGCUGAACGCCACCAACGCUCCGAGCUUCACCAAUGGCUGCACUGCUUCAUACGCCUGGACGGGCCUCAUCUGGAAGCAGUCCGCCGGGAAUUUCUCCUGGACCGACGGAACACCGUACGACUUUGCGCCAUCCAUUUAUAAAUUUUCCCAAGAUACCUACUACGCGAUGAUCAACGACGCGUCGUGCAACGGAAAGUGGUGGGGAUCGUUCGGAAUUGUGACAAACUCUGGAGCUCGCUACAUCUGCAAGAUUGACCCUAAAAAUCUG